AUGGAUGAACACUUUGAUGAUGAUGAUCGACAAGACGAGCGCACACUUCGCCAAACGGUGAAUAACAUGGUUGAUCAGGUAAGGACGACAGGCGUGGGGUCAGGGGUUAAGAGGACGCUUCAGGUUUGUGGGCUAAGAGGUGCUGGUGUCGCCCCACUUGAUGGAGCUGUCCGUCGCGGGAGAACAUACAAUCUGAAUGAGAUCCAAAGUUUAGCCACCCCAUCAGCAUACAUCUAUUGCCAGCUGGGUAGUAAGUAUAUCAGAUUUCCUGAUCUUGAUGCCAAAAUCCUUGUGAUUGUCCAACCCAAUCGUCGUAAAUGUGGUCCAAAGCGCGUAAUCAGUGCUCAGUAUUGA